CACACUGAACUGCCGCUGCUCACACUCUCUACCCACUUGGAAAUUUCCUCAACGAGGGGGACAAUUUACUCCUGAGAAGCAGGACUGCUGGCUAAUGUGCAUCUUCUGAGGGCGGACUGCUUGCAAUGAACCAGUAGAGGAUCUGGAGCUGUGAAGAUCAGCAGACAUCCUAGGCUGCAUUUCCCUUGGCAAUAAGGUGUAGCUGCACCCUCCCCUCCCACACCGCUCGCCAAGAUGGUGGCGUUGUCACUGAAAAUCUGCGUUCGCCAGUGCAAUGUGGUGAAGACGAUGCAGUUUGAGCCCUCCACGGCCGUCUACGAUGCCUGCAGGAUCAUCAGAGAGAGGGUCCCCGAGGCUCAGACCGGACAGGCCUCAGACUACGGCCUGUUUCUCUCUGAUGAAGACCCCAGAAAAGGCAUCUGGCUGGAGUCUGGCAGGACGCUCGACUACUACAUGCUCCGCAAUGGGGACAUCCUUGAAUACAAGAAGAAACAGAGGCCCCAGAAGAUCAAAAUGCUGGAUGGGGCCGUUAAAACCAUCAUGGUGGACGACUCCAAAACAGUGGGAGAGCUGCUUGUGACUAUAUGCAGUAGAAUAGGCAUCACCAACUACGAGGAGUACUCUCUGAUCCAGGAGAUGGUGGAGGAAAAGAAGGAUGAUGGGAUGGGGACGCUGAAGAAAGACAGAACACUGCUGCGUGAUGAAAGGAAGAUGGAGAAGUUGAAAGCCAAGCUGCACACAGACGAUGACUUGAACUGGCUGGACCACAGCAGGACGUUCAGAGAGCAGGGGGUGGACGAGAGUGAGACCCUGCUGCUCAGACGCAAGUUCUUCUAUUCAGACCAGAAUGUGGAUUCCCGAGACCCGGUCCAACUCAACCUGCUUUACGUACAGGCACGAGAUGACAUCCUGAAUGGAUCUCACCCCGUAUCGUUUGACAAGGCGUGCGAGUUUGGAGGCAUUCAGGCCCAGAUCCAGUUUGGGCCACACAUAGAGCAUAAACACAAGCCUGGAUUUCUAGACCUGAAGGAGUUUCUACCUAAAGAAUACAUAAAGCAGAGGGGUGCUGAGAAGAAAAUAUUUCAGGAGCACAAAAACUGUGGAGAAAUGACAGAGAUUGAAGCAAAAGUUAAAUAUGUCAAACUGGCGAGGUCUCUGCGGACAUAUGGAGUCUCCUUCUUCCUGGUCAAGGAGAAAAUGAAGAGCAAGAAUAAACUGGUGCCACGGCUCCUGGGCAUAACCAAAGAGUCUGUGAUGAGAGUGGAUGAGAAAACCAAAGAUGUGGUUCAGGAGUGGCCGCUCACCACUGUGAAAAGGUGGGCAGCGUCUCCCAAGAGUUUCACCCUGGACUUUGGAGAGUAUCAAGAGAGCUACUACUCAGUGCAGACUACUGAAGGAGAACAGAUCUCCCAGCUCAUUGCUGGUUACAUCGACAUCAUCCUCAAAAAGAAACAAAGUAAGGAUCGUUUUGGACUAGAGGGUGAUGAGGAGUCAACUAUGCUGGAAGAAUCGGUAUCCCCUAAGAAGUCUACUAUCCUUCAGCAGCAGUUUAACCGCGUGGGUCGGGUGGAGCACGGCUCGGUGGCGCUGCCAGGGGUGAUCCGCUCCGGCUCCAUUGGCACAGAGUCGCUCAGCAUGGGCACCAUGCCAUCUGCUCAGCAGCAGAUCACUAUGGGACAGAUGCACCGUGGACACAUGCCACCUCUGAGUUCGGCACAACAGGCUCUGAUGGGAACCAUCAACACCAGCAUGCAAGCUGUGCAGCAGGCCCAGGUUGACCUGGGGGAGGUCGAUAACCUGCCACCGCUGGGACAGGACAUGGCAUCCAAAGUGUGGAUCCAGAACAAGGUGGAUGAGUCAAAACAUGAGAUUCACUCCCAGGUUGAUGCCAUCACUGCAGGAACAGCCUCCGUCGUCAACCUCACAGCUGGUGAUCCAACUGACACUGACUACACAGCGGUGGGCUGCGCCAUCACCACAAUCUCCUCCAACCUGACCGAGAUGUCAAAGGGUGUGAAACUGCUGGCUGCGCUCAUGGAGGAUGAGGUGGGCGGGGGCAACGACUUAAUGAGGGCUGCCAGGACACUAGCAGGUGCGGUAUCUGACCUGCUGAAGGCUGUGGAGCCUGCUUCCGGAGAGCCCAGACAGACCGUGCUGACGGCGGCGGGCAGCAUUGGCCAGGCCAGCGGAGACCUCCUGCGCCAGAUUGGAGAGAACGAGACGGAUGAGAGGUUCCAGGACGUUCUGAUGAAUCUGGCCAAAGCUGUGGCUAAUGCAGCAGCCAUGUUGGUGCUCAAGGCCAAGAAUGUGGCCCAGGUCGCAGAGGACACUGUGCUUCAGAAUCGUGUCAUCGCUGCUGCCACCCAGUGUGCCCUUUCCACCUCCCAGCUGGUGGCAUGUGCCAAGGUGGUAAGUCCCACCAUCAGUUCCCCGGUUUGCCAGGAGCAGUUAAUUGAGGCUGGGAAGCUGGUGGAUCGCUCGGUGGAGAGCUGUGUCCAGGCCUGCCUCUCGGCCACAGAGGACGGAGAGCUGCUUAAACAGGUGAGCGCGGCAGCCAGUGUGGUGGGCCAGGCUCUGAACGAUCUACUGCAACAUGUCCGUCAGUACACUUCACGGGGAGAGCCCAUUGGGCGCUACGACCAGGCCACUGACACCAUUAUGACCGUCACCGAGAGCAUCUUCAGCUCAAUGGGAGAUGCCGGAGAGAUGGUUCGUCAGGCGCGUGUGCUGGCCCAGGCCACCUCAGACCUGGUUAAUGCCAUGAGGUCUGACGCUGAGGCAGAGGUGGACGUUGACAACUCUAAGAAGCUGCUGGCAGCAGCCAAAUUGCUCGCUGAUGCCACUGCUAGGAUGGUGGAGGCAGCCAAGGGUGCAGCAGCGCACCCGGAGAACGAGGACCAGCAGCAGAGGCUGAGGGAGGCUGCAGAGGGGCUGCGUGUCGCCACCAACGCUGCUGCUCAGAAUGCCAUAAAGAAGAAACUGAUAAACAGACUGGAGAAUGCUGCCAAGCAAGCUGCCGCUGCAGCCACGCAGACCAUCGCUGCCUCUCAAAAUGCUGCCGCCUCCAACAAGAACACUGCUGCCCACCAGCAGCUGGUGCAGAGCUGUAAGGCAGUGGCAGACCAUAUCCCACAGCUGGUCCAAGGGGUGCGUGGCAGUCAGGCCCAGCCAGAGGACCUCAGUGCACAACUGGCCCUCAUCAUCGCCAGCCAGAACUUCCUGCAGCCUGGCAGUAAGAUGGUGACAUCGGCAAAGUCAUCUGUUCCCACGGUGACGGACCAGGCUGCAGCCAUGCAACUGGGUCAGUGUGCCAAGAACCUGGCAACCUGCCUGGCUGAACUCAGGACAUCUGCACAGAAGGCUCAUGAAGCCUGCGGCCCCAUGGAGAUUGACUCUGCGCUCACUGCAAUCCAGACCCUGAAAAGUGAGCUGCAAGAUGCCAAAUUGGCUGCGGUUAACGGACAACUGAAACCUCUACCUGGAGAAUCAUUGGAGAAGUGUGCUCAGGACUUGGGCAGCACCUCAAAGUCAGUGGGAUCGUCUAUGGCGCAGCUACUAACUUGUGCUGCACAGGGCAAUGAGCACUACACAGGUAUAGCGGCCAGGGAGACGGCCCAGGCCCUGAAAACACUGGCCCAGGCGGCCCGCGGUGUCGCUGCUUCCACCACAGACCCGAAAGCUGCCGCUGCCAUGCUGGACUCUGCCCGUGACGUCAUGGAGGGUUCAGCGCUUCUCAUCCAUGAGGCCAAGGAGGCACUGAUUUCCCCCGGAGAUGCUGAAAGCCAGCAGAGGCUGGCACAGGUGGCCAAGGCCGUGUCCCACUCCCUGAACAACUGCGUCAACUGUCUGCCCGGGCAGAAAGAUGUGGACAUGGCUCUCAAGAGCAUCGGGGAGGCCAGCAAGAAGUUACUGCUCGAAACUAUCCCUCCAUCCUCCAAGUCCUUCCAAGAAGCCCAGAGUGAGCUGAACCAAACGGCAGCAGACCUGAACCAGUCAGCAGGCGAGGUGGUCCAUGCUUCCCGGGGCUCCAGCAGCCAGCUCGCGGUGGCCUCUGGGAAAUUCAGCCAAGACUUUGACGAGUUCCUGGAUGCUGGCAUCGAGAUGGCCGGGCACACACCGAAAAAGGAUGACCAGAUCCAGGUAAUUGGUAACUUGAAGAACAUCUCCAUGGCUUCUAGCAAGCUGCUGCUGGCUGCCAAGUCCCUGUCUGUCGACCCUGGAGCAGCAAACGCCAAGAACCUGCUAGCAGCUGCUGCAAGAGCGGUGACUGACAGCAUUAACCAGCUGAUCACCCUGUGUACCCAGCAGGCUCCUGGUCAGAAGGAGUGUGACAACGCCCUGAGAGAGCUGGAGGCUGUCAGAGGAAUGCUUGACAACCCCAACGAACCUGUCAGCGACCUGUCCUACUUUGACUGCAUCGAGAGUGUGAUGGAGAACUCCAAGGUCCUGGGAGAGUCCAUGGCAGGUAUUUCUCAGAACUGCAAGACAGGAGACGUGACAGCCUUCGGAGAGUGUGUGGGAUCAGCCUCGAAAGCCCUGUGUGGCCUCACCGAGGCUGCAGGACAGGCAUCCUACCUGGUGGGUGUGUCUGAUCCUAACAGUCAGGCAGGGCAUCAGGGGUUGGUGGACCCCAUCCAGUUCGCCAAAGCUAAUCAGGCGAUCCAGAUGGCCUGUCAGAAUCUGGUAGAUCCAGACAGUAGCCCCUCACAGGUGCUCUCAGCUGCCACCAUUGUUGCUAAGCACACCUCGGCACUUUGCAAUGCCUGCCGGCUGGCUUCAUCCAAAACAGCCAAUCCAGUCGCCAAGAGGCACUUUGUCCAGUCCGCCAAAGAGGUGGCCAACAGCACUGCCAACUUGGUCAAAACCAUAAAAGCUCUAGAUGGCGAUUUCUCAGAGGAGAACAGGAACAAAUGUCGAGUUGCUACAGCUCCUCUAAUCGAGGCUGUGGAAAACUUGACAACAUUUGCCUCUAACCCAGAGUUUGCCAGUGUCCCUGCGCAGAUCAGCAAUGAGGGCUCUGCAGCUCAGGAGCCCAUCCUCCAAUCAGCACGCUCCAUGCUAGACAGCUCCACCCACCUGCUGAAAACUGCACGCUCAUUGGUGAUCAACCCCAAAGACCCGCCCACCUGGUCUGUUCUGGCUGGUCAUUCUCGCACGGUCUCCGACUCCAUCAAGAGUCUCAUCACAGCCAUCCGGGACAAGGCCCCAGGCCAGCGGGAGUGCGACACAUCAAUUGAUAACAUCAACAAAUGUAUCCGGGACAUUGAGCAGGCCUCUCUAGCAGCAGUCAGCCAGAACUUACCCAGCAGGGACGACAUCUCACUGGAGGCGCUACAAGAGCAGCUGACAUCCACCGUGCAGGAAAUUGGCCACUUAAUCGACCCCAUUUCCACUGCUGCCAGGGGUGAAGCCGCCCAACUAGGACACAAGGUGACCCAACUGGCUGGCUACUUUGAACCACUGAUCACUGCCUCUGUGGGUGUAGCGUCCAAGCUCAAGGACCACCAGCAGCAGAUGACCUUCCUAGAUCAAACGAAGACCCUGGCUGAGUCCGCCCUGCAGAUGCUUUAUGCUGCCAAGGAGGGUGGAGGAAACCCCAAGGCAUGCCAUACCCAUGAUGCCAUAGCAGAGGCUGCCCAGCUUAUGAAGGAGGCAGUUGAUGACAUCAUGGUGACACUGAAUGAGGCUGCCAGUGAAGUGGGCAUGGUGGGCGGCAUGGUGGACUCCAUUGCAGACGCCAUGGGAAAGCUGGAUGAGGGUACACCACCUGAACCUGAGGGCUCAUUUGUGGAUUACCAGACCAGUAUGGUGAAAUACUCCAAGGCUAUUGCCGUCACUGCUCAGGAGAUGAUGACCAAGUCAGUGACGUGUCCAGAGGAGCUGGGAGGCCUGGCCUCUCAGGUCACCGUGGACUACAGCCAGCUGGCCCUGCAGGGGCGACUGGCUGCUCACACUGCCGAGCCAGAGGAGAUCGGUUUCCAGAUUAAGACACGAGUGCAAGAGUUGGGUCAUGGUUGCAUCUUCCUGGUCCAGAAGGCUGGAGCGCUGCAGAUCACUCCUUCAGACAGCUUCACCAAGCGGGAGCUUAUUGAGUGCGCCCGCAAUGUCACAGAAAAGGUGUCCUUGGUGCUAUCGGCCCUCCAGGCAGGUAACAAAGGCACACAGGCCUGCAUUACAGCAGCUAGUGCUGUCUCUGGCAUCAUCGCUGAUCUGGACACCACCAUCAUGUUCGCCUCCGCUGGCACACUCAACGCAGAGAACGAUGAGUCCUUUGCAGACCACAGGGAAAACAUUUUGAAGACAGCCAAAGCCUUGGUUGAGGACACAAAGAUGCUGGUAUCUGGCGCGGCCUCUGGUCAGGACAAGUUGGCUCAGGCCGCCCAGUCUUCUGCCAAAACCAUCACCCAGCUCACAGACGUGGUCAAACUGGGUGCUGCCAGCAUCGGCUCUGAUGACCCUGAGACACAGGUGGUUCUGAUAAACGCUGUUAAAGACGUGGCCAAGGCUCUGGCUGAGCUCAUUGGUGCCACCAAGUGUGCCGCAGGCAAGGCAGCAGACGACCCAUCUAUGUAUCAGCUGAAGGGUGCUGCCAAGGUGAUGGUAACCAACGUAACAUCCCUGCUGAAAACAGUCAAGGCUGUGGAGGACGAGGCCACUCGAGGCACCAGGGCUCUGGAGGCCACCAUCGAGUGCAUCAAACAGGAACUGACGCUGUUCCAAUCCAGGGACAUCCCUGACAAGUCGACCACGCCUGAGGAGUUUAUUCGCAUGACUAAGGGCAUCACCACGGCAACCGCCAAAGCAGUGGCUGCAGGAAACUCUGCCCGACAGGAGGACAUCAUCCAUACGGCCAACAUCAGCCGCAAGGCCAUCUCCGACAUGCUCACCACCUGCAAGCAAGCAGCUUACCAUCCAGAGGUGAAUGACGAAGUGAGGCACCGAGCACUGAUGUUUGGAAGAGAGUGUACAACAGGAUACAUUGACCUAUUGGAGCAUGUACUACUAGUCCUCCAGAAGCCCACUCCAGAGCAGAAGCAGCAGCUGGCAGCAUGUUCCAAACGGGUGGCAGGAGCCGUCACUGAGCUCAUCCAGUCUGCUGAAGCCAUGAAAGGUUCAGAGUGGGUGGACCCUGAGGAUCCAACCGUAAUUGCGGAAACUGAGCUGCUUGGAGCAGCGGCGUCCAUUGAAGCAGCAGCUAAGAAACUAGAGCAGCUGAAACCCCGAGCCAAGCCCAAGCAAGCGGAUGAAACACUGGACUUUGAGGAGCAGAUUCUGGAGGCAGCUAAGUCCAUCGCUGCAGCCACCAGCGCCUUGGUCAAAUCAGCCUCAGCCGCCCAGAGGGAGCUGGUAGCCCAAGGCAAAGUGGGCUCCAUUCCAGCCAACGCCGUGGACGAUGGACAGUGGUCCCAGGGGCUCAUCUCAGCUGCACGCAUGGUUGCAGCAGCAACCAGCAACCUGUGUGAGGCAGCCAACGCCUCAGUCCAAGGCCAUGCCAGUGAGGAGAAACUCAUCUCUUCAGCCAAACAGGUGGCGGCCUCCACUGCCCAGCUGUUGGUGGCCUGCAAGGUCAAAGCCGACCAGGACUCUGAGGCCAUGAGGAGACUACAGGCUGCAGGAAAUGCGGUGAAGAGGGCAUCAGACAACCUGGUGCGGGCAGCCCAGAAGGCGGCAUUCGACAAAGUAGACGAUGACAAUGUGGUGGUCAAGACCAAGUUUGUGGGUGGCAUUGCACAGAUCAUUGCGGCCCAGGAGGAGAUGCUGAGGAAGGAGCGGGAGCUGGAAGAGGCCAGGAAGAAACUGGCUCAGAUCAGGCAGCAGCAGUACAAGUUCCUGCCCAGCGAGCUCAGAGAAGACGACAACUAACGAAUUAACCAACCGCCCUCUCCUCACCGCUGCUAGACCUCUUCCCGUCCGUCCGUCCGUCUGUCUGUCUCUCUCUUUGUCUGUUGAAAUACGCAUGUACAGCGUGAGGUGCAGAUCCGUGUUUGUGUGCUGCUUUGUAUCCUUUAAUGGCACACAUGCACUAGUAGUGGCCUAAAGUGACUUUAAAAACUUUGUGACUGACUUAACUGACCAGUAAUGCCCAAGCACACAGUGGUCUGCCAUGCCAAGUCUGCAUCAGCCUCACUUGGAAAGGCCCUGAGGUCAGCUACUAACAAGUUUCUGAUACUGCUGUCUGGAACAGGCUGCUUUCCCCACUCCGGUAUCGCAAGCCAACUUAAGUCUCGAUAUAAGGAAUGUAUUGAAAUGACUGAAGAACAGCUAUUUGUCCUCAUGUACAGUAUAACUACUAUGAAUGAUAUAAUACUCUGAAUGUGAUACACUUGGGACAAACAGGGCAGACCAUAUGCUGCCUGUUUUGCCUCUAAGUGAGACUCUUGUUCAUGUGUUUUACAACUUGCAGCCCUAACUCAUAAAAUGUCUAAGAGUAAGAAUUGAUUGUACUGCUGUUUAUGCCACACGGCUGUAUACCCUCAGUGUGGCAAAGGGAGGGAACAGGUGUCAAAUUAUUCCUCUUACAUUUUGUGAAAUAUGGGCAUUGAGUGUUUGACAUGUAUUGACAUCAAAUUUGGCACCUUAAUAUCUGUUUAAAUCGUGAAUUGCGUCGCCGUAGAGUGUCUUUACACAGCUCUUCAGUGGUCAUUAAUCCUGUAAUGAAGGCAGGUUGGAUUUUGACCUUUUUUUUUCGGACCAUGCUGUAAAUUUCGAUAACAGAUAGUUGUUUUAUGGAAAUAAUCCUGCAUUGGAGACAGUGGUAUGAGCAUCUUUUGUCUUUUUUUUUUUUUUUUCAGUUUUUGACACUUUUUAUCCUAAAAUAGAUGGACUUUAAAUGCAAAGUAACUGUCUUUUUUUAAUAUGUAAUGAAACUCUACAUGUCAGUCUAAGCCCUUGAAUAUAGGUGUCAUUGUGCGCAGCCUCUGAGACUCAACUAGAAUGUGUUAUGCUGUUACGCUGUUCCUGUGAAUGCGUUUCUGCAUAGGAGGAAGUACUUACCGUGGAAGAAAUAUAAAUAUUACUCCCACUUAUUUUUAGCAGGAAGCGUGUCUUUAUCAAGCACAACUAGUUUGAGAUAUUCACCUCCACUAGAAGAGCCUCUAGUACCACACAUAAGUUCCUGGACCACGCAAGUUUCUUCUCACUGAUUCUUUGUAUUUUGUACAACACUUAUUUUGCAGUUCAUUUUACUGAGCCAUAUAGUUUCAGCAGCAAGUUCAUGAUGCAAUAACACAGAUGGUGCUUUGGGGGGCAGUAUUGUUAUCUCACAAAAUUUCCCAGCUGCUUGAACAUUGUACAGAUAACUGGUGUAAAAAAAAAAAACAAAAAAAACAACAACAACUCGGUAAUAUUCUUUGAAACAAUAUUGUGUUGGUUGUUUAUUUUGCUUUCAUUAGGAAUAGAUUGGUUUAGCAAUCCAGGCAACUUGCAACAUGCUCGUGGCGUGUGGUCGGCUGCCACUCGUUGCAAAUUAGAGCGCUCUUGUAACACCUCACGCUUCUUAAAUUAAUUGAAUGCAAUGCAAUACCACUUAAUUGACUAUGCACUUUUGUGCCUCUUCUAAUGGUUAUUCUUCCCGGUAUAUUUAUCUAGGCCCCUGAGUCCCUCUCCCACACAGAGAGAGAGAGAUGUAGUCGUAGUUCCAGCAACAUUGGAUCACUGCCAGAGACUGAUUUUAAUCUGUUAAUUUCCAAUUCAGAAUAUUCAAGAAGCAGAUUUCCAUGAAUAUUUAACAAUUCGGUAAUUUGAUCAGUAAAAUUAGAGACUGCAGCCUGUCAUUGUGGGAUUUGCAGUUCCACAGUUUGUUCUGAAUGAAGGGAAUUGAGUGUGAAGUGACUGUGACCCUGGUCAUUUCAGUUCAUCCUGCUCUUCUGUCUGUCUCUCUUAAUCUAAGGGUGCUCUGUGCAACUUUAAUGAAUAAUAUGCUACUUGCUGCAAUAGAUGAAAACCAUUUGUUUACCGAGCUUUGAUUGUAGUGUGUUUUGACUACCUUGUCUUAUUAUAUGGGCAGUGUUUUCAAUAUUAAACUAUAUUGUAAGAUUAGGUCCUGCUCUCAUAAUGCAUGGCUUUGUGGUUCAAAAUGGCUCACUACUUUCAUACAGUAACAGAAAAUUAAACUUUUAAGGAUGCACUGAGUGUUUCUGACCUCUACGUAAAGACUGUCCCGAACCAGCUUGCAACUAGUUAACUCUUUUUCAGUUUUGUGAGAGCUGGCUCUGGGAUUGUUUUGUGACAUUGUUUUGUGUGCGGGGAAUCCACUGCUCAUCGAUUAAGUCUGUAGUGUUAUUAUUAUUAGUGCCUUAGUCUGUAGCCCAUACAGCGUCUGGUCUGCUUGAGUGACAGCUUCAACUCAUUGGUCGAUGGAAGGCCCGGAACAUGCAAAUGUGUGGGAAUGUGGGUUCAUGUCCAUGGAUCCUCUAGCAUUAAUGUCACCCUUGUUAAUGUACUGUUCCUCGAAAUGCCACACCAGCUCUCUCUGUCUCUUCUCUUUCUCUUGCUCUUUUUCUCUCUGGCCUUUUGGGGAUGGCACAGGAACUGUCCGUCAGUCGAAGAAAAAAUGUGUCGUUGUGUAAAAUGUACCAUCAUAAUAUAUAAAUAUAUAAGUAUGUAUAUUAUAUAUAUGAAGACAACACAUUUUUGUACCGCAUUCCAUGGGCAUGUACCACAAUGCUUCUGGACAGACUGGACUUCUGGGUCUGUCAGCCGCUUUAUUGUAUGUUACCAAGUUAAAAUCACUGAAGUUUUAUGGUCUUCUUCUUUUCUUUGUCCUUUUAAGCCACUAUGAAAGAUAAAUGUGAUAAGAAUACUAAGAUAUAUCUGUCACCGUUAAGAUGUUGUGACUUAUGUUGAUGGAGUCGGAGAGACUGAAGUGUUCAUACCUGUAUGUUCUUCCCUAACCAAGAUAAUGAAAUUACUACAGUAAAGAGAUGUGAUACGGUACAAUAUGAAAGCUAUUUAUCUGGCCUCGAGAAAAAUAUUUUUUUGUAUUCACUGAAAAUAAAAGUUUCAAAG